AUGAUACGCGGCGGAAGAAACCGCCGCACUUCCUCCCCUGCCUUCUCCAAGGACGCAAAGAAGCUUCUUUUAUGCACAGCCAACUCCGUCUCUGUUUACUGCGUCGCCACUUGCUCAAAGGUUGCUUCAUUGGAGGGUCACACGGCACCUGUGACGACUGUUAUUGUUGAUCCCUACGGCCCCGAGGACUGCUGGACGGCGUCUCUCGAUGGAAAGAUUCGUUUUUGGGACUUCUCUGUGCCGAAACUCGUGCAUACUUUUGAUAUCCAUCUUCCUAUUUACUCUAUGGUUGUGUUUACAUCUCGACGGUCUCGUAGCUUCAUUGCUUAUGUUUCGGUUGAGGAUGUCUCUGGACAAAUCAGGAGAGUUACUCUCUUGGAUGACCCUCUUCUUAUUAGUGACAUUUUGAAAGAGAUGGAAGAUCCAAAAAGUAUUGUUAUGAGUCCCUCUGGAGAGUUUUUCGGGGUCUGUGACAGUUGCAAAAUACAUGUAUGGAGUACUUCUCUUGGGAAGAUGGCAAAGGAGACUACUUUGCAUCACACACAGUUGAUUACUGUGUUCGCCUUUCAUCCCAAUAAGAGAAUGUUAGCAGUGGGAGAUGUAACAGGAAGAGUGUUGAUUUGGGAAGAUAUUGGUGAUGUAAAACUUACUUCAGUGAAAAGUGAAGAUGGUGCUGAAUCUUUUUGCACUGCGUUUAACUGGCACUCUGAUGAAGUAACUGUUCUUAACUUCUCUUCAGAUGGAGCGUUUUUGUAUUCUGGGGGAAAGGAAGGGGUUCUUGUUUAUUGGGAGCUAGAUACAGAGAAGAAGCAACUUUUGCCAAAGAUGGAGACUCCUUUGUUGUAUUUCAUCUUCUCUUCAGAUCCAACUCUUUCCUCUGCGAUUUGUGCAGAUAAUCAGAUACAUCUUCUUAAAAUGCCUUCCAUGGAGAUAUUGAGAACGAUUCCUGGAAUCAAGCCUCCGGGAUUAGAUCGCUUUGGAUUUAUAAGCUACGUCAAAACGAUGCAUAUUUCCCUCACCAGAACUGUGUCUAUUGAUCCUUCUUCCGGUAUUGCUGCUUUCUCCACAGCGAAUCACUGUGUUCAAAUCUACAACCUUUUAAGAGACACUGAGAUUUCAGAGGUUAGCAUCCUUAAAGGAAUUUUUAUUGAGUUUGUGGCAGUGACAGCAGUUGCUCUCUCCGGGAAUGGCUCACUGAUGGCUACAGCUGAGGCCAGGUUUGCUGAAGGAAACCUUAGUGGAGGCUUAGUUUCACUCAAGUUUUGGGUGUUUGUACCAAACAAGAAAACAUUUAGCCUAACCACAGUCAUAAAUCAACCUCACAGUGAAGCUGCUAUCACAGCCAUUGCCCUCUCGUCCCGUUCCAUGGCUGUUACUAUAUCUUCUGCUGGGGACUUCAAGACUUGGGUUUGCAAUAGUGACAAGAAUAUGACAGCAGAGGAUUCAAACUGGAUAUUUCAUGGAGCUGGCUCUUAUAAGAGAAAGCAAAUAACAGCUGCUACUUUUUCCUCUGAUGGUUCUGUUCUAGCUCUUGCGGCUACAACAGUUAUUACCAUAUGGAACCCGUUAACGACUGAAUUCAUGUUUGUAUUUGCAAAAACUAAUACGCCAAUUUUGCAACUCUCAUUUGCUGGAAUAGGCUUCCUUGUUGCUGCAUCCUAUUGUCCUCAUUCCCGGCCGCACUUAUCUGUCUUCGAUGUCAUGAAGUUGGAUUUAUCAUGGUCGUAUAGAUUAGACAUAGAAGCCAUUGCCACUAAAGAGAGGUCACCCUACUUUGCAGUUUUAGCAUGGUUUCCCAACUUGUCUGUAAAAGCUGAAGAAGAGAUUUUUCGUGGGAAAGAAGGCGCUAUCCUUUUGUUUGAGGGAUCAUACCGUAAACCGGUAGCUGUUUGGAUUGUAAUGGAGGCGAGGGGAGGAUCACUUUCAUUCGUGGAAGACAGUAAAAAUUCUCGGACACUUCUCGCGUAUGUAAACAGGAGCAAUGAGUAUGUUCUUUUUGAUCCAUUUAGCGAUGAAACACUUGAGACUAGCGCCAAGGACUAUGAGGUUCUUCUUGAAGCAAUAAGCAAGAAGAAGAAGAAGAGAACAAGGAAAGGAACGUUGAUGGCGACGUCAGAGAGACCUUGGGAGACAAAGUUUUGUGGAUCAAUGCUCAAUAUCCCGCCUUCCAGGGACGCUUGUUCUGCUUUCUUUGCUUCCAAAAUGGGGAAAAAGAUUUGUCAGAGAGUGGAGAUGCAACCUGAUAGCCAUAGCCUUUGAGAGAUCUCUACAAUAUUUUGGUCUGAGUUACUCUUGAUUAUCUCUAUUUUUAGUUGAGCUUGAUUCAUGUGGAACAUUCUAAACAUUGCAAGAGUAACUUUCUUGAUUUAUAAAUCUUACUCCCU